CUGACCUGCCCCCGCCGGAGGCAGCGCUGGCGAGCGCGCCCGCCCCGCCCGUACCCGGUUGUGCCCCGGGAGGUUCGGCGGCAGGAUGAGAGUGAACGAGAGCGAGCUGAACAGCUCCGUCCUCCCGCGGGACCCGCCGGCCGAGGGCGCCCCGCGCCGCCAGCCCUGGGUGACCUCCACUUUGGCCGCCAUCCUCAUCUUCACCAUCGCGGUGGACCUGCUGGGCAACCUCUUGGUCAUCCUCUCCGUCUAUCGCAACAAGAAGCUGCGAAACGCUGGAAAUGUGUUUGUUGUAAGCCUGGCAGUUGCAGACUUGAUAGUAGCUAUCUACCCUUAUCCACUGGUCCUCACAUCUGUGUUUCACAACGGAUGGAAACUGGGAUACCUACACUGCCAGAUUAGUGGCUUCUUGAUGGGCCUAAGUGUCAUUGGAUCAAUCUUCAAUAUUACAGGCAUCGCCAUCAAUCGCUACUGCUAUAUCUGCCACAGCCUCAAAUAUGACAAGCUGUACAGCGACAGGAAUUCUCUGUGCUAUAUUGUCCUCAUAUGGCUCCUCACAUUUGUCGCUAUCGUGCCCAACCUGUUUGUGGGAUCGCUGCAGUAUGACCCCAGGAUUUACUCCUGUACCUUUGCACAGUCUGUGAGCUCAGCAUAUACCAUAGCGGUUGUGUUUUUCCACUUCCUGCUUCCCAUAGCCGUGGUUACUUUCUGUUACUUGCGAAUAUGGAUCCUCGUUAUCCAGGUAAGGCGAAGGGUUAAACCAGAUAACAACCCCAGGCUGAAACCACAUGACUUCAGAAACUUUGUAACCAUGUUUGUGGUAUUUGUACUGUUUGCAGUCUGCUGGGCUCCUUUGAACUUUAUAGGCAUUGCAGUGGCUGUCAACCCCAAAACUGUAAUCCCUAGGAUUCCAGAGUGGUUGUUUGUGUCUAGUUAUUACAUGGCAUAUUUCAACAGCUGCCUUAAUGCUAUAGUAUAUGGACUCCUGAACCAGAACUUCAGAAGAGAAUACAAGAGAAUUAUUGUCACUUUUUGUACAGCAAAAGUUUUUUUCCAGGAUAGUUCUAAUGAUGCAGGAGACAGGAUGAGAAGCAAACCUUCUCCACUGAUUACAAACAACAAUCAAGUGAAGGUGGACUCUGUCUGA